AUGGAGGAGCUCCAGAUCUUCCUGGUAGAAAGCAAGCUUUUAAUGGCAGAGAUCAAAGACUCCCUAGCAAAAACGUCCAAUUUCCAGGACAGGAUGAAAGCGUUUCAGGAGAAGAUCAAAAUGACCGAAGACGAACUUGCCUCCCUUGAUAUAAGGAACACAUCUUUCCUACAGAUGGUCAGAGUCUUCCAGCAAAGGAACGAGGAGUGCCGAGAGGCCAACAAGGGCCUGCGUGAGAAGAGCAAGUCCGGGCAGGAGAAGCCAGAAAGCCUGGAAGAGAAGAACAGGACCUUCUGGAAGGCAUGCAAGGAAGACAAGCCCUUCUGGGAAGAGGACAGGGCCAUUGCCAGGGACAAAAUAGCCCUCUUGGAAGCGUACAUGGCUUUACGGAACAACGACCGAGAUCUCCAGGAAGAAAAGGCUGUGAUGUGGGACAUGGUGGAAGCUUACUAUUCCACAUGGAAGGAGAUCAACAUGAGUUCAACACGGAAGUGGUAG